AUGUCGUCUAGUAUGGUGGAAGAUGAUACAGAUGAUGAACUCCAACUCUCAUCAGCUGCGCUCGAAGCAUUGAACUCGUUUCUCGUGGAGAAAGAUGAGCGACAGAAACGCUUUGAGGAUCUGAAGGCCACGCUGGAGAAGGAGUAUGAGGAAAGACAGAAGAUUAUUACCAUGGAGGAUUUUGAGGAGGAUUGGCAGCAGAGCCAGUUCUGGUAUGAUUCUGCUACAGCGGAGAUGCUCGCGGAGGAGAUUCUUGAUGGGGCUAUAGAGGGGACGCUGGUCGGAAUCGUCUCGGCUCCGAGCGUCUUUGUGAAAAUCCAAGAAUUAAAGGCAGCAGAAAGGAUACCGGACUCUAUCAAAGUGCGCUUAUUAGAAUUCGAUAAGCGCUUUGAUUUGUUUCCAGAGUUCAUACACUACGAUUUUCAGUAUCCUCUCAGGUUGCCUUCAGAACUGAAAGGAAAGUUCGAUCGGAUCUUAAUUGACCCGCCUUUUCUAAGCAAUGACUGCCAAACCAAAUCGGCUCUCACAGCUCGUUGGUUAAUGAAACCGUGGGUAGCACCAACACGCGCCGCGAGCACAUCUCACGACAGCGAUGGUCGCGACACUGCAGAGCAAUCGCCCACACGCAUAAUUAUAUGCACAGGCCAGGUUGUGAAGGAACUGGUGGAAAAGCUUUUUCGCCAGGCUGGAGUUCGAGCAACGACACUCGAAAUUCGACACUCCAAAGGUCUAAGUAAUGAGUUUUUGUGCUACUCUUCUUUCGAGAGCAAGCGUAUCAAAUGGGAGGGAUAAGCGGAUGAUUCGGCCCAGUAGCUUAGACCUAAUGGAAAAAAGUUUGCCACUUCUGCUUAGAAAUCUUGGCAGAGUUUUUUAUCACACAGCAACAGUUAUGGUAGGGUUUUCUGUUUUCGGCACCCAGCAAGGGAAUAUCGGUGGGGCUCCCACGAAGGGUUCAAAUCCGGAAUGAAUUAAUGGAAAUGUAUGUAUGUUCGUCUCUAGAAGGAAAGGGGUCGCAAAGAGGGUUUUUUUUUCUUUUUUUCUCUCUUUCUCCCUCCUUUCUCUUUUGGAUAACUUAUCGGGUGAUUUUUCGUAUCAGAUUGUUCAGCUGGAUUACCAUUAAAUUAACUCUCAAGUUUGUUGGAUUAGCAAGCAUGAGGACGGGUGGAAUAAAUUUAUCAAAGGAAAAGAGAAGCCCUGUGGGACUGUCGGAAAAUGAGAAUUACCCUAUCUAAGAGGAGACUGGUAUUGGUACAUAUUUUAGUCUAUGAUAACCACCAAUGAACGUGUCACGCAGCACAUCAAUAUCGGGUAAUUCUAUGAGACGGUGGGUCCCCAGGAAUUCAGGUUCUCUCUCUGUUUUUUUUUUUCGCAGUUAACUAGGCUCUCCAAGAGUUUUGGAUUCCAAGACGGAGGGGUCGGAUCGGAAGACACGGUAUCAUAAAUUAGAAGGUACUAUACGAGUACGGUGAAGCCCACAUGGAUUACCAAUUCACCAUUUUUCAAAUCAAGUGAACCCUAUGACGCCUUACAGUAUCCAAAGGUUCUGCUUGUAGGUUUGUCUAGUCUACCCGUACUCGUAGGGCUUGGAACAAAAGAGGAGGGGAAAAAACAAACAAAAAGACAAACAUUGUUCCGACAACGGUAUUUUCUCUCGCUCUCUCUCUCGCUCUCUCUCUUUCGCUUUCUUUUCUCUUUUCUUUUUGUGCGUUUGUUGUGAAGUAUCGUGUUAUCCCUCUUCGUAUUUGGGGAGAAGGCCCACGUCGUUGAUGGAUGCACUUUGUAUGCUUGGCACUCUCCUUCAGUGCUCGAGUGUACUCGUAUUGUGUGUUCUAUGAUAUUCUAGUACCGAUAUGAUUUUGCCCCCAUCAGGGGCAUGGCUCAUGAUUGAGUCACAUUUCGAAUUGCUCCUCCGUGGUUUACUGUGCAGCAGUAACUAAUUGUUUGCAACCAUCUGCGACGUCAUCCCGUCCAAUGAACUUUUUUACUCCUAGGGACUGGGCUCGCCGGGGGCCGAGAGAUAAUAUCGCACGACAUCUUCGCUAUCCCCCCCCCAUUGGGUCCUUACUCCGGAUUUACGAGUACAAUGGAAUUAGAGUUGGGAACUGGAAUGUUACAGUCUCCAACGAGGGCACCAUCAAAGCCGGUGGGUGACGCACAGGGAUCAGUAAUAGAGGCAUUUUUUGUUACCCUGCUUUAACGAAUUCAACUUUUUUGCCUGCCAAUUACCCCUGUUGGUCACCCACCGAUCUUCGUCGUGCCCCCCGUUGAAGAUUGUAUGAUACUGGAGUAUUUGAAAUAUAUAAGUGGGCUUAGGGUACCCUCCAUCUCCUCCUUCCCUUCCCCUAUGGGCGCAGUAGAUUAUAUGGGUCAAA